AUGAAUAGCUGCCCCUUGACAUCGUUCCCCCUUGUUGUGCUGGUGUCGGCCUUCAUCCUCCAGAAAUUGCUUGGGGAGGCAGAUGAAGCGCGAACCAUUGAUGAGAUAUGGGCACACGAUGCGAGAUUACACAUCGAGAGGAGAGUUUUCUUUGCUGACUUGUUCAUUCACCUAACCCUCUCAUACCAUCACACACUACAAGAUAGCAUGAAUAUGCUUUAUGGCGCUGCUAGUGUUCUUCGUGACUGGAAACAGAUAACGCCCUCAAUGCUGAGAUCCUCUAGUACGGAUGGCCGUUCAGUUCUUGUAAACUCCGCACAAGAGAAAGGCCCUUGGAGGGCAGAAAUUCCAGAAUUGAUUGGCUAUGUGGAGCCAUAUCCAGUACACCGAGUCCGCCUUAGUGUUAUCGGCCGGCUGCUCAAGGUGAAUUCAAAUCAUCUCGAAGAAAAGGUAGUUGUAUGUUUCAAAAAGCGGUCUCAGAAAAUCUUCACUGACACAUUUAUUACAAUUCCAGUAAGCAUCUCCAAAGAUAUUGUGUGCCCUAGACCAAAAAUGAAAUAUCUUCUUGGCGAAACCGAGUCUAUAGCUACAGCAGCCUAG